AAAUAAAUCUUUCAAGGGAAACUAAGGAAUUUCUGGAAUUUUCUUCCUGAAGGUUUUGUAAAUUUUCAAAAAUUUUGGAAUUUUUUCUUUUUUUUUUGCUGAAUUUUUAGAUUUUUUUUUUUUUUCAGACAAGGAAACAAUAUUUUUUUGUUGCCCAUAAAUGAGGACAGCAGGAGGGUUAAAAUCACUGCUUGGCCUGGCUUUCCUGGAGAAAGAAGGGGAAUACAAAGUCUGAUCUUGUUGUGACGCACUGAUGACUCCUCAUGAACUACACUGGCACUGCCUUCUUCUGUGUAGUUUCUAUAGCAAGUAAACAGUCUGUGUUUUUCUUUUUAUUGCAAAGGAGUGUCUUUUCUUAAUAAUCAGUGAUAAACCCACUAACAGCACAGAGCAGAUAAUGACAGUUCUUUGUCCGUAUGGUAGUUGAUUACCCCGCCCUCAUAAAGGCCAUGAAUGCACCACACCCUCUCUUAGCAGAAGAUGAACUGUGACCUUUAGAGUUUUUUGUUGUUUUUUUUUGGAUAAAUUUCACUCCUUGCUCAGCAAUUCGGGGCACUUAGACAAAGUUAGCAACAAGCUGGUGUAGACAGUAGAGCAUUCAGCUGUUUAAAAGCCAAAAAUUUCCCUUAAAGGUGGGAAAGGAGUGUGAAUAUUAGGGUCAGGUUUUUUUACAGACAUAAAAUGGCUCAGUUUUAAUGGUUAUGUUGCUCCAUAUCUGAUGGUUAUAUAAACAAAUGCUACUUCUUUAAGGUUGGGAACGUUAGAUUGCUCUCAUGAGGCCAAAAAAAGCCACUUGUAACAGAUUUGAGGAUUUUUUUUUUUUAAUCUGUCAUUGUUGCUGGGUUAUCUGUUAGAUACGGGCAGUUUCAUGACGCAGCUGUUUUAAACAUUCCAUAUGGUGAAAACACAUUUUUAUGGUCUUUAGUGGUUGUUAUAAACUCAGAGGUGUGACAUAAAAGCUGGGAAGAUAUGAAGGAGGUUACUUCUGCCCUUCCUCAAGCCCGACUAGUCAUCCUCACAGGUUUAUGAGUUAGCAGGAAUUUGACCCAGGUGCUAUGUAACACCUGACUGACCAGUAGUUGUUCAUGUGAAUGUGUUUAUCCUGAACAACCCGUUUAGAACAGCCUCGAAACCAGAGUUUGUACAGUCAUGGUGAAAUUAACCAUAUUUAUAGCUAAAAAAAAAAAUCUACAUGUCAGACUUUGACUAAUUUGCAAAAAAGGUGCACAAGAUACACUACCAGUCAAAAGUUUAGCCACACCUUCUCAUUCAAUGCUUUCUAUUUAUUGGUAUUAUUUUCUACAUUGUAGAUUAAUACUGAAGUUUAACACUUUUUUUGUUUACAACAUAAUUCCAUAUGUAUUCUUUGGGUGGUUAUGGUUUUGAUGUCUUCAGUAUUAAUCUACAAUGUAUAAAAUUACUAAAUAAAAACCACUGAAUGAGAAGGUAUACCCAAACUUUUGACGGGUAUGGAGUAGUGAGAGUGCCAAAUGACAGAAAUAGGUCUGCGAAAGAAUAAUAAAGUAAAAGUGAAAAUAUAAACAUGAAUAAAUAAACAAUCCAUUUCGCAUUAAAAGCAAAGGAAAAGCACAUUUCUUCUUCUUACUUUUUUAUUAGUAUUUUAUUUUUGUCUUUAUAUUUAUACGUUUAUCAGCUUUUUCUUUUACGGAUUCAUUGUUUGAUUAACAUUGCUUUCUAUAGCAACAUUAUUUUAUUUAUUCAUCUUUAUAUUUUCACUUUUAUUUGCUUAUUCUUUUAUAGAUUUAUUUUUGUAAUUUGGCACUCUCACUACACCAUAGAAUGACAGGAAUGCAACAAUAAAAGAUAAAUCUGUUAAAAAUAAAGAAAUGUGUAAAUAUAAAGAGAAAUACACAAAGUACAUCUGCUAUUUUAAAAAGGGACAUAAGUGUGUAAAUAUGAAGAGGAAUAAAUAAAACAAUAAAUUAAAAAUGUGGAAACAUAAAGGUAAAUUUUGUCUUUGCUUUUCCCUUUUCCUUUUGAUUUUUCAGUUUUUUGUUUUUUCAGGUAUUGACUACUCACCCUGGACAGGAAGUCCCGCCUAAAGUCAAUUCAUUGACAGCUCAGUCCAUCAAGUGAAAGCAAUGACAAAAAGAAAAUAGUAGUAACAAAAGGAAAAGCAAUGACAAAAUCGAAAAAAGCAAAGGGAAAAGGGAAAAGCAAAGACAAAAUUUACCUUUAUAUUUCCAUUCCUCUUUAUAUUUACACAUUUAUUUCCUUAUUUUUUUAUUUUACAGAUUUAUUUAUUUUUAUUUGUUCUUUCAUUUACUCCUCUUUAUAUUUUCACAUUUACUUCCAUAUUUAUUUUAACAGAGUUAUCUUUUAUUAUGGCACUCCUGUGAUUCCAUACCCUGGUAGCAUAUGUCCUUUAAAGCAAUUCUUUGACAGAUAAGAAGGAUACGCCUUUGUAACUUUUGUAGCUAUAAGGCCAUAAUGUAAUUACAUUGAAACUAAAAGCCUACAAACAAAGUCACCAUUAGUCACUGUUAAUAUUGCACUGUAAUAGCAGUUGAACCCUAAAGUGAAUGAGCAAAUGAAUCCAAUGUCAUAAACAGAAAAUUCAACCGCACCACAUUUACUGGGAGUCAGGAUCGCUGCUGGACUGGAUGUUACCCAGCAGCACGUGCAGCUCAAGUGUUGUUCACAGGGAAUUCCUUAUCAGAGCUGAACACACUGACGCCAGUCAAUGAUCAGCAGUGACUCCCCUCCCAGCUUUAGCCCCAAACCCACACAUCUGAUUGACUGUUCAUUUUAAAGUAAUGCAGAUUUCCUUAAUUGUUGGAAACCAAAAAACAGUUAAUAUGUAAUUGUUGGACUUUUGAUGGGUUAAAUCUUGCAUGCAUUUUUAUGUUUUUUAUGUUUAUUAUGAUCAUGUCUUUACAAAUUCCAUAAUUAUUUGUUAUAGAAUCAAUCACUUAUUAAUAAAAUAUGACUAGAUAUCACUAAAAGUCAACUAAAUAACUGUCCGAAUUUAAUAACAACCACCUUUUAUUUAGCUAAACAAUAAUAAAAUGAACUUAUUAAAAAAUGGUUUUGAUUUUGUUAUUUUUAUUAAGUUGAGAUAAUCAUGACAAAUAUUUAUUUUUUGGCAAUAUAUCAAAUGUUAUGUGGAAAAUAACAAAUUGUAUCACUUUUCACUAAGUUACCUGUUACAAAAACACCUGUCAAGGAAGUGUGUUAAUUCCAGAUCACAUGAAACUUUUUAACAUGAUUGAAGAUAUCAAACUCAUGGACAACCCCUAACCCAUUGGACUUUCAUGCGGACAGACUCCUUUUAUUUUGUUAUUUUUAUUUUUAUUUACUCUUUUUCUUUCUAUCUUGUACGUCUUUUUGUUACUCUUCGUUACUUUUUGUACGACUGUUGAUGCUGUUUUGUUUCAAUUAAAAAAAAAAAAUCCAGAUCACAUGACCUGCUCCACAUGAUGUCAUUUCCUCCUGAACAAAAGACUGGUAAGACUCCCAAGACUUUUUGAGUUAUUUAAUAUAAAGUGUUGUGUGAGUAAAUUUUACUCAAUUGUACAUAUAAUAUUUUAGAAUCUUUGUGUACAAAUGCCAUGUGGUGUUUGGUUAUUGGCAGCCAUGUUGAUUUUAGUCCUGGAAACAACAAAAAUGUCAACUAUGAUACAAAAAGUCCCACAAUUUCAAUUCAAUUCAAUUCAAUUUUAUUUAUAUAGCGUCAAUUACAGUCAAAUUGUCUCAAGACGCUUUACAGAACCUGUAUGCCUGACCCCCAGAGCAAGCCCAAAGGCGACAGUGGCAAGGAAAACACCCUUUUAACAGGGAAAAAACCUCGAGCAGAACCCGGCUCUAUAUAGGGGGGACCCAUCUGCCUGCUGGCCGGGCGGUUUACCUGUUAUUUACCUGUUAACAGAGCUUUAUUACUGACGUUACUAGAUGACUGAUCCACAACCUGCUGCACGGUAUUUUAAAUAGAUUUGAAUGACAGCCACUAUAUAAACUAUUCCUGUGGGACUGUUCUGGAAGUCACAUGAUAUUUAGUUUAAUCUCAUAUUUACAUCUUUAUGGCGGUGACAGUCAGUGAGAUGCUCAGCUGUGUCUCCUCUGUUACAUAAGCAGAGACCAAAGUCUGGACAUUAGUUCAUUACAGCGCUCAGUGACCCUGACGACCUGCAGAAAGGUGUUUAUGUAAGUCUUUAUUAAUCAAACAACAUACAGACCUGUUGUUAGAAUCAAGUUAGAUGUAUUUAAGCGACAUACUGGCAGCUAUUGUUCAUAUGCUUUUUUCCAUUAGUCACAACAGUGUACUGUCAUAUCAGCCAGUAAGAGAUCGACCCUGCCAGUGACCAGGCUGAUAUUCAUCUCCCUGAUCAGUUCCUCUUUCACUGCAAGUCCAAAGUCAAAGUGCCAUAAAAGCCUCCGUCAGUCAUAGUCGUCAGAGGAGUGUUUUCUCCUUCCUCAUACUGAGAAAGAUUCUAGAAGACGUCAAGACGGCACGGAGGUAUAAAUGAAGAUCGCUGAUAAAAGGAUUAUUAGUUAGAUCUUUUUUCAUGAACAUUACAUUAAAUAGUUUGUUGGGUGGUCUUACAGCAAAGUGACAACCGAGAUUUCUUGGUACCUGCAACUCAACAUAUGGAUUUUUAUUUUGUUUAGGUAGAAGGAAAAAGCAAAUCGGUGAUGCUGAAAAAGGUAAGGCUGAAAAAAUCACUUAAUUCUGGCUGUGGAGUUGUGAGAACAUUUGUUUUGUUGUUGAGAAUGUCACCUGUCAGUAAGCACCACUGUUUAUCAAUCAGUUCCUGGAACUAGUCUUAUCAUUCCUGGUAGUCAGUACUGUGAACUGAAAUAGAGUGCUAAUAAAACUUCAUGUCAAUGGAUUCAUGAAUGUAUUUGUUGUGUAUCUUCAGGCGGAAUGGGUUUGGGUGGACUCGGACAUCGGGGUCCCCAUCGGAGCCAGGGUCAAAGAAACACCGUCAGGUCAGCGCUUCCUGGUGGACGAUGAGGGGAAGGAGCAGAAGCUGUCCCUUCAGCAGGAAGCCUCCCUCCGGAUCAUGCACCCCACAUCGGUGGAGGGGGUGGACGACAUGAUCAAACUCGGGGACAUGACCGAGGCCGGACUCCUCAGAAACCUGCUGCUCAGACACAAAAAAGGCCUCAUCUAUACCUACACGGGCUCAGUGCUGGUGGCAGUGAAUCCAUACAAGGAUUAUCCAAUAUAUUCAAAUGACCAGGUGAGGUUAUACCAAGGUCGGAAGCUUGGGGAGCUUCCUCCACACAUCUUCGCCAUCGCAGAAUCCUGCUACUUCAACAUGACUCGUAAUCUCAGAAACCAGUGCUGCAUCAUCAGUGGGGAGUCUGGAGCAGGGAAGACAGAGAGCAGUAAACUAAUCCUGCAGUACUUGGCAGCAGUCAGUGGUGAACUCUCUGAGCAGCAUAUUGAAAAGCAAAUUCUGGAGUCCAACCCAAUUCUUGAAGCUUUUGGAAAUGCAAAAACCAUCCGCAAUGACAACUCCAGUCGCUUUGGGAAGUACCUGGAGAUCUUCUUCAACAAGGAUGGAGUGAUUGAAGGUGCUCGCGUGGAGCAAUAUCUUCUGGAGAAGUCUCGCGUCUGCCAUCAGGCUCUGGAGGAGCGAAACUACCACAUCUUCUACUGCAUGCUGGCAGGAAUCACAGCAGAGGAGAAGAAAAAUCUGAGCCUCGGAAACGCCAAGGAAUAUAAAUUCCUUACUAAGGGUGACUGCAUUCUGUGUGAAGGCAGGGACGAUGCUAAAGACUACGACCGCAUUCGUUCUGCUCUGAAAGUCCUGACUUUCUCAGAAAACCAGCAUCAGAAAAUCCUCAGGCUGCUCGCAGCCAUCUUACAUCUGGGAAACGUGUCCUUUGAGGCCACCACUGAGAAUAACCUGGAAACCAGUGACGUUAGCAAAUCCAAACAUUUCAGUGUUGCAGCGUCUCUACUGGAGGUCCCAAAAUCUUCUCUGGCGGCGAGUUUGACCCAUCGCUCCUUUAUGACCAACAAGGAAAGAGUGACUAAACCCCUGAACUCCGAGCAGGCAUCUGACUGCAGAGACGCCUUGGUCAAGGCAAUCUACAAUAAGCUUUUCAUGUGGAUCUCUACGAAAGUCAACGGUGUCAUCUAUAAGAAGCUGACCAAAAACCCCAAAAAGUCCUACCUGUCCAUUGGCCUGCUUGAUAUCUUUGGCUUUGAGAACUUUGAAAUAAACAGUUUUGAGCAGCUUUGCAUUAAUUUUGCUAAUGAGAAGCUGCAGCAGUUCUUCGUGAGCCACAUCUUCAAGCUGGAGCAGGAGGAGUACCUGAAAGAGGGCAUUGUGUGGAAUAACAUCAAGUUCAGCGACAAUCAGAACAUCCUUGACCUUCUGGCUGGGAAACCCUGCAACCUGCUGGCUCUGAUUGACGAAGAGAGCCAUUUUCCAAAGGGUUCAGAUUCCACUCUGCUCCAAAAGGUGAACGUGCAACACAAAGGAAGCAAGGUCUACAUUCCCUCAAAGACUGAACACGACACAGAUUUUGGGAUUCGCCACUUUGCAGGCGCAGUUCACUACGACUGCAAUGGGUUCCUGGAAAAAAACAGAGAUGCUGUCAGUGAUGACAUCAUCAAGAUGGUGGAGAUGUCCACCAAUGAGCUGCUGCAUCAGAUAUUCGAGAACGAACUCUCAAACGGUGUGCCAAAAAUGGCUAACAACAAGAAGAUCAUCAUGACACCCAAGAGCUCUUACCGGACAAAGACUGACAAACGUAAACAAAUGCCGACACUGAGCGGUCAGUUCCGUCAGUCUCUGGACUCCCUCAUGAAGGCUCUGUCUGCCUGCCAGCCUUACUUCAUCCGCUGCUUCAAACCCAACAACGACAAGCAGUCUGAGCUGUUUGACAGGGAGCUGUGCAUGCGUCAGCUCCGAUACUCCGGCAUGAUGGAUACCGUCCGUAUCCGUAAACUGGGAUAUCCAGUUCAACACACCUUUAAGGACUUCCUGAGUCGCUACCGGGUGCUGCUGAACACAACCAUCUGUAACCCCAAAACUAAAACAGCUGCGGCCUGUUGUGAAGCCAUCUGCAAGGCGGCGAUUACAGGAGAGGACAAGUGGAAAAUAGGCAGAAAUAAAAUUUUCCUGAAGGACUCCCAUGAUGCUGUCCUGGAGCGGCUGAGGGAAACGGAGCUCAGCAGGGUUGCCACGGUGAUCCAGAGGGUCAUGAUGAUGCGCAAAGACAGAGAGUCUUUCCUGAGGAAGCGGAGGGCGGCUGUGGUGUUACAGAAGCACUGGAGGGGUUACAGAGUGCGGCAAGUGCAAAGAAAGGUUAAGCGUGGCUUUGACCGUCUGACAUCAAUGAUCCGAAGUCGGCAGCUUCAGUUACAGUACCAGAGACAGCGAGCAGCAGCGCUCACCAUCCAGACCCAGGUACGAGGUUACCAGGCAAGAAAGGUAUUUAAGGAGAAGAGGGAGGCCCUCCAUUUACACCUAAAGGAGGAGGAGGAGGACAUUGCCUCGGAGCUUCAACGGGAACUGGAAGAUAUCGCCGACUCACAGAGGAGUCAGGAGGAAUCGGAGUCCUCAUCUGAAAGUGAUUCGUCCUCUGGACACGAUUCAGAGGAUGGCACACGUCCUUUACAGCUCUCACCUCCUGUAAUAGUGGUGGAACCUGUAUCUGAAGAAGAGAACAUGUCAGGGCAGGAAGAGGAAACCUCUUUUGACACCUCAGAGCUGCUGGAAGCCAUUUCUCAAGCCUCAGCGACGCCCAGCCCUUCACUGAACGAGGACGAGGAUGAGGAUGAGGAUGAAGACGAGUUUGAUGAUGAAAGUGACGAGUUUUCAUUCUACACGUUCAGCAUCCUUCACUUCCAGGACGCUAAUCACAAGCACAUCAACCAGAGACUCAAGAAGCCCCUCCUGAGACACGAUGAUGAGUCUGAUGAACUGGCGUGUCUCACUAUAUGGUGGAUUAUUCUGCGUUUCAUGGAGGACAUACUAGAGCCAAAAUCAACAGACGCGAUAUCUCAGGCAUCGGGCACCAUGAGCCAUCUGGCGCCUCAGAAGCAGGGCAGGAGGCUGAGCAGCCUGGUGGGACUGGACCAGAAAAUACUGAGAAGAAACAAGAAAAAGUUUGAAAGUGGAAACAGAAAACCCUCAACAAUUUUCGAGGAGCCAGAUAACCUGACAGAAGACGAGGACGUUAUGAUCGGGGAGGGUCCGACGCUGCAUCGACAGCUAACCCAACUAGAAAAACUCCACAUUAUCGUUGGAUAUGCUAUGUCGAGACCAGGCAUUCGGGAUGAGAUCUACUGCCAGAUCUGUAAGCAGCUAGUGAACAAUCGCAACAGAAGGAGUCGUUGGCUCGGAUGGACUCUCCUCUCCGUCUGUCUUGGGAUCUUCCCUCCGACAAACCUGUUCUUGAAGUGUUUGGAGAAGUUUAUCAGCAAAGGGCCGAGGGCUUACAGAGAGUACUGUUCUAAUCGCCUACAGCGUAUCGUAGCCAAUGGAGAAAGGAAGGAGUUACCAUGCUGGGUAGAACUACAGGCUGCCAAGACCAAGGCGCCCAUAGAUGCGUCUGUGACUCUAAUGGAUGGUCAUAGUAUCGAUUUACCUCUGGACUCAGCCUCCACCUCCUUUGAAGUCUGCCAAGCUGUGGCCAAACAGAUUGGUCUCAAAGACACCUACGGAUUCUCCCUGUAUAUCAGCCUCUAUGAGAAGAUGUGGUCUCUGAACAGCCAUGAGAGGCAUGUGUUGGAUGCAGUUUCUCAGUGCGAGCAGGAGAUGAGGAGGCAGAACAGAGAGGAGAGGGACGCCCCCUGGAGGCUCUCCAUCCGCAAGGAAAUAUUCGCUCCGUGGCACGACUGCUUCCUGGACCCAGUCAGCACAGAUCUAAUCUACAAGCAGGUUAUCAAGGGACUCAAGAAUGGAGACUACAUCAGUGACAAGGAGGAUGAAUGCAUCCAGCUGGCAGCGAUGCAUUAUUACAUCCAGUUUGGCUCAGAAUACGCCAGAGACAAGGUCCAGAGUGUGGUGGAGGAGUGCAUCCCCACCCACCUGAUUGAGAACAAAUCUAUGACAACAUGGAUCCAACUCAUCAGCUCACCGCUCCUACAGGGGCCUUAUGCCAGGGAGACACAGGGAAGAGACAGAGUGAAAGGACAACUGGUGGAAAUGGCCCGACAGAAAUGGACGCUCGACUUCUCCAAGUUUUUUGAAGUUACAGUGAUGUCUGGACCUCCUUUGCCCAGAAGCAGGUUUGUUGUUGCCGUAAACUGGAGUGACAUCUUAUUCAUGGAGAGAAGAGAUAAGAGGCUCCGUGAGAUUCCUUACCUAGAGGUAAAGAAGGUCUCCAUGAUGAGUGAGAACUAUGUCGGCGCCCAGUAUAUGACUCUGACCACAUCCAGAGGAGAGUUUGUCCUGAGAUCUGGGGAAGCAAGAAACAUGGCAGCAGUGAUGGAGGAAAAUGUGGAAGGGUUGAGACAGCGUUCAGUGUAUGCACUGGCCCAGGAAGCCAUUAAAACAGAUGACCCCAUGUUCCUGGUUUGUAAACGGGGUGACCUGCUGCUGGUAGAGAAAGAUGAAUCGUCACAUGAGAGGGAUUGGAUCAGAGCUCGCAACGAGCGGACCGGUGACAGUGGUGCAAUCUAUAAGAGAAUGAUACAGUAUCUGCCGACUCUUACCAAGCCCACAGAUGAAAUGCUGGAACUGCUCAAUCUGAGCCAGAGGAAACCUUUGGCCCCUGUAAAUACACCUCUGGAGGAAGAAAUAGUGGCUCCUGUUUCUUUGAAAGAGUUUGCAUUUGAGUACUUCAGAUCUACAGGUAAAGAUGCUGGUCGUAUGAAGGGGAACAGCAAGGAGAAACUGUGGGUGUCUUCCAGAGAACCUCUCAAACAGCCGCUGCUGAAGAGUCUGGCCCGUAAAUCAGACCUCACCCACAUGGCCUGCAAUGCCUUCACUGCUAUCAUGAAGUACAUGGGCGACUACCCCAUCAAACAGAUGCGCAGCCCGAUGGAGCUGACUGACCUGAUCUUUGGUCCAGCCACACAGCACCAAGAGCUGCAGGAUGAGAUCUACUGCCAGAUUAUGAAGCAGAUGACCAGCAACAACAACAGGCUGAGCAUGGAGCGUGGGUGGCAGCUGCUGUGGAUGUGCGCGGGUUUGUUUCCACCCAGUGAGAAUUUGAUGGGACACGCUCAGCGUUUUGUGGAAUCACGACGGAGAGACCCACUGGCUGCCGGCUGCCUGCAGAGGCUGCUGGAGAUACACAGUAAGGAUCCCAGAAAGCUGCCACCCCACCUCGCAGAAGUAGAAGCCAUCCAACAGAACGUCAUGAAGAUCUUCCAUAAAAUCCACUUUCCAAAUGAAAGGAGUGACAUAUUUGAGGUGGCAUCGACAAUCACAAUCAAAGAGCUGUGCUACAGCAUCGCCACUAACCUAAAACUGAGCUCAGCCGAGGGAUAUGGCCUUUACCUGAAAACGCCGAUCAAGAUGAUGAGCCUGGAUGAAAACAGAUAUUUCUUUGACUGUCUAAGGGAGGUGACCAGCGUCCCCAGAAAAGGGAAAAAAGUGAAAGAAGGCUCUCCAACAAACAUAUCGACAAAGGUGAUCUUCAAGAGGAAGCUCUGGUUCAAUGUGAGCCCCGGGAAGGACAUCAUCGCAGAUAUCAGUUUCCAUUUCCCGCAGGAGGUGCCCAAGUACCUGCAUGGUUUCCACAACUGCUCCAAAGAGGACAUGAUCACCCUUGGCGGGCUGCUGUUCAGAGCCCAAGUAGACUCAGACAGGUCGCAGUUUGUCAUGAUUCCCAGGAUGCUGAAGGCCCUUGUUCCUGCUGACCAGCUAAAGAUCAUGCUUCCUGAAGAAUGGAAGAAGCACAUCGUCUCCUCGUACAACAAGCAGAGUGGCAUGACGGUGCAAGAGGCCAAAAUUAACUUCUUGAGAACUGUUUCCAGUUGGCCAACGUUUGGCUGUGACUUCUAUGAAGUUAAACAAACAUGUGAACGUAGCUACCCGAAUCCACUUUGGAUUGGCAUCAACAAGCAAGGUGUCGGCUUAAUAGACCCAGCAUCAAAGGAGCAGCUGGUCAUGUACCAGUUUAACCGCAUCGCUGACUACUACAGCAAGGGCAACUCCUUCACCAUGGCCAUCAGCAGCUUCGUGAGGGGAAACAACUUCGUCUGUGAAACCUCACAGGCGGACCAAAUGGAGGACCUUAUCAGAUCGUACGUCAGCAUGUAUGAGAGGCAGAAACAGGCCUUUCGACCGAGGAACUCAGUCAGUCCAGCUAUAUUUAUGUAGCACUUCUCAUACAACUAAAAUGCAACACAAAGUGCUUUACAACAGUUAAAAACAGUACAAAAAAAACAGAAUAGAAAACCCAUCCUUCUUUACAUUAAAUGUAUUUGUCUGCUUCAAAUUUCAUACAGUGUUUUGACUUGUUGUUGAUGUCAGUUCUUCUUAACAUUCACCGCUGUAAGACCUAUUGCAUUUCACAAACCUCUACUGAAAUUCACACAAACAUGCUGGUUUAAAACCUCCCCCGUCUUACUUAAGGUAAUUUUUCUGAAACAGUGAUUUAGCAGUAGCUGUUCUCCUUCAUGUGCUCGAUUACUUCUGAUUUUACUCAUGAUGAUCACACAUUUCAAAUCUCCUCGGUCUUACAAUCAGUCACCAGCAGUCUUUGCUGUGUUUUCAAGACAUAUAUGCAUAAAUCUACGUUUAAAUUUCCACUUCAUCAUCACAUACAACUUUUUUCUUUCUUCCUCCGGCAAUACACCCAGGCUCCAACAAUCCCAUUUAUGAUUUUAUCUGGAGACAUUAAACGUGCUACUUAUUACACUUUAAAUGUUCUGCUGUACCCAAUUACCCAGCCUUCUUAUGUGCUUUGUUACUGGUAAUUAUCUUCAUCGUUGAGGGGUUUUAUUUCAUUUUAUUUUUGUUCUAUUUUAAUUGUCUGAUUCUGUGUGCCUCAGUCUUGGAAUGCCAUAAUCCUGUUAGGACAAUGUAAAGCGCUGUGUAGCUUUGUAUUUGAAAGUGCUGUACAAAAAACAUUUAUUGUUAUUUAUUUUACAGGAGUUUAUGAUACAGUAUAACGAUGACCUAAAAUAGACCAGAUCACUGUUGACAAAAAAAAAUCACUGAAACUGAUCAAAUGCAUGGUUUUACCUGACAGUGAAAUUCUGUAUAAAAACAUAUUUAGCCGUCAAUUGCGAAAAAAAAUAUUUGUCUAGCUUCAAUCAGCUCCACAGCUACAUUUGUGAUUUACAUUUCUUAUACAUUUUACACUUAGAGAGUGUGCCGUAAAGAACAAUUACAACUCAUACCUUAUAUUUAUGAUGUAUUUACAGUGAAGACCUAUUGUGUUUUCCACCAUAUUGUCCUUAAUGGUUCUUUUUAAAACAGUGUAUGAACAGCCUCAGUGCAAUUACUGUCUGGUGUAUAUGUUGCACAUUCGUUACUAAAAUGCAAUCAUUUGUAAAAUAAAUAAUGCUCUUUGACUGACCUGUAUUGAUGUUGAGACAGAAUCAGAUGAGGCUUUGUACUGUCACUGAGUUUCACUCUUUAAUUGAAAUGGCAGUAAUAUGAGCGGAUGUGCAUUUUCAUUUCAUACACAAAGUGGUAAUAAAAUCAUAUAUUUACCUUUAUAA